CUAAUAUUUUUCCAUACCAUUCUGACAUUCAUAACAGAAAACAAACAUUCUCUCUUUCAAAUUUUAUUUUCAUUUGCUUUAUGAAAAGUAAGCUUUUAAUCGGAAAAUUGAAAACACUUAUCAAUACUACUAUACAAAGGAGUAAGAUGGCUUGGCGUUCCAAAGGAAAAGACAACCCGGAAUUGAUAAGUCAACUCGAACUUAAUGGAGUGAUCAAAAAUCCAAUAGUUAAGGCAGCAAUGCUAGCUACUGAUCGCAAAUAUUAUUGUCCUCAUAAUCCGUACACAGAUGCACCUCAAACAAUCGGUCACAGUGUCACCAUCAGUGCUCCUCAUAUGCAUGCGUACGCACUCGAUCUCUUGCUGGAUAAAUUACAUUCGGAGUGCAAGGUUCUAGAUGUUGGUUCCGGAUCAGGAUACUUAACGGCCUGUUUUGCUCGGGCAAUUACUUCGAAGGAAGGUGCAAACAAUGCAUUGGUUGUGGGAAUUGAGCAUCAACCAGAACUGGUUGAAAAGGGUAUUGACAAUAUUAGCAAAGAUGACGGUUCACUGCUGGAUUCAGGAAAGGUGCUCAUAGUUGAGGGAGAUGGUAGACUUGGUUAUUUGAAAGAGGCACCAUACGAUGCUAUACAUGUUGGAGCAACAUCCCCGACAAUACCUGCGGCAUUGCUGGAUCAGCUCAAGAACGGUGGCAGAAUGGUUUGUCCUAUUGGUCCUGAGGAUGGUAAUCAGUACCUGGAACAAUUUGAUAAAGACUUUGAAGGUGUAAUUCAUCAAAAACGAUUGUAUGGCGUUAGAUAUGUUCCAUUGACCGAUUUACGACGAUCUUGACUGUGGUUCAUCCUGCGAAUCGUAAUAAUUACAUUUUUGGUUUUCAUUCUUGUUUUACAUGUAAUUCAUGUGCUUUAAAUUGAUUUUGCGUUAUAAUAACUACAA